CAAGCAACUGUGGGAUUAGCUAAAUAGUGCAGAAUGUGUGCAUCUCCUUGGUCACCUCUGAAAACAUUCUCCAUUGACCCUUUCCACCUCUGAGACGGUGUCACAGCUCCGUACCGGCGCCGCUUUGUAUCAGGCCCGCACGGUCUACCGGAAGCAUGUUAUCGUCUGAGGCUUUGAGUGGAGCUGGACCACGAACUUGCCAGCUAAGCUAACUCGCUAGCCCGUUAGCAGGCUCGGCUCGUCGACAUAACAGGCGGCUGUGGGAACACCGUGUGCUCGUCGAGUCAGACCAACCCGGCGCUGGUCGAGGACCAUACCGGCGAUCUGCAGAGAGUGCUCUCGGGUCUGCUUUGUCUCCGCCGGUGGUCGUCGUAGUGUCAUCGUCAGCCCUGAUCCCGGGAUGGAGUGUCACUAGCCGGUGUCUUCGCAGCUUUAGCAGAGCACUGCUCUAAUUGCGCUGGCUAAAAAUACACUUUGUGUCCAAUGCUCGGUGUGCCUCCAAAAGUGGUGGCCUAGCCCACAUUGGACUCGUCUUCGCCUUUUCCAUUCACCUUGCUCGGAGUCUGGCACUCUACAUGGUCACCACACUGAGUUUAGGACUACUGGAAGAGCGAGUCGGACCCCGAGGUUGUGAGCCCUGCUGGCCUGAACUAACGCUGCAUCGCACGGGCUGGUGGACGUCAGGUCCCCGAGUGAAGGAAGCUCUGCUCUGGUUGAUCGGUGGCCGAAUAUCAUUUCGCACAAAUGGCCUUUUUCUGUCAUAAAUAGUAGUAUAAAAAGCCUUGGUCCAGCCCAGGGUUUUCAAGACCGAAACUGUGUGAAGGUCAGAGGAAAACCGCUGUGUGUCUGUCAACUGUGCGAUUGGCGAGGCAGACUUCAUCUGUCCGGAGCACAGCACCAUGUCGGAGGAUAACAACGCAGACAAGUUCAUCAAGGAGACAUCCAUUCUAGACGAGUACAACAUCAACUGGACACAGAAGUUGGGAGCCGGCAUCAGUGGACCUGUCAGGGUUUGUGUGAAGAAGUCAUCUCAGGAGCGCCUGGCCCUGAAGAUCCUCAUUGAUCGCCCCAAGGCCAGAAAUGAGGUACGUCUCCAUAUGAUGUGUGCCAACCACCCAAAUAUAGUGCAAAUCCUGGAGGUUUACGCCAAUAGUGUCCAGUUCCCGCAUGAGUCCAGCCCGAGAGCGCGACUCCUGAUUGUUAUGGAAAUGAUGGAGGGUGGCGAGCUGUUCCACAGAAUCAGUCAGCACAGGCACUUUACUGAAAAGAUGGCCAGUGAGGUCACUAAACAGAUCAGUCAAGCCUUGGAACAUUGUCACUCCCUAAAUAUUGCACAUCGCGACCUGAAGCCAGAGAACCUGCUCUUUAAGGAUAACUCUCUGGAUGCACCUGUGAAGUUGUGUGACUUUGGCUUUGCCAAAAUUGAUCAAGGAGAUUUGAUGACCCCUCAGUUCACUCCCUACUACGUAGCACCUCAGGUACUUGAGGCUCAAAGAAGACACCAAAAAGAAAAGUCUGGAAUUAUACCUACUUCACCUACUCCUUAUACCUACAACAAGAGCUGUGACUUGUGGUCUCUCGGUGUGAUCAUCUACGUGAUGCUGUGUGGCUAUCCUCCGUUCUACUCCAAGCACCACAGUCGCACCAUCCCAAAGGACAUGAGGAAGAAGAUUAUGACGGGCAGCUUUGACUUCCCUGAAGAUGAGUGGAGCCAGAUCUCUGAGAUGGCCAAGGACAUCGUACGCAAGCUGCUGAAGGUGAAGCCAGAGGAGAGGCUGACUAUUGAGGGAGUCUUGGCUCACCCUUGGCUCAACUGCACUGAGGCCCUCGACAACGUGCUGCCCUCCGCCCAGAUGAUGAUGGACAAGGCGGUGGUCGCAGGUAUCCAGCAGGCCCACGCAGAGCAGCUGGCCAACAUGAGAAUUCAGGAUCUGAAUGUCAGCCUGAAGCCUCUAAACUCUGUCAACAACCCAAUCCUCAGGAAGCGGAAACUACUUGGCCCCAAGCCCAGUGACGGUUUCUUCAUUCAUGACCCAGAGAACGGAGGGGAAGACUCCAACGUCGCGCUGGAAAAACUACGAGACGUCAUUGCACAGUGUAUACUCCCACAGGCUGGAGAAAACGAGGAUGAGAAGCUGAAUGAGGUGAUGUAUGAAGCCUGGAGGUUCAACAGAGACUGUAAACAGCUGAGAGACGGUCUGCAGGGGCUCAGCUGGGACGGACGAUCUUUCUCUGAUAAAGUCGACCGCUUGAAGUUGGCUGAAAUAGUGAAACAGGCCAUCGAAGAGAAGACGAAUCUCCAAGAAUCUCAUUAGCGAACGCUGUCUUUCUAUCUUCUUUUUAUAUUGUUUAAUAUGACCCUUUUUAACCCAUAUCUGUAAAGAGGCUUUUUUAUGUAAACUUAUGCGCUAAUUUUUUUUUUUUUUUCAUGAAUUCACUUGCAAGACCUAUUGUACAGCUGUAGAUAUAUUUCAAAGAGGACUCAUUGGUACUAUAAUUUUUUUUUAAAUGGACACUUGCAAAGAACAUUGAAAAAAACUAUAUUUUCAUUUUUGCAGAAAAGAAAAAAGAAGAGAAAAAUCCAUUUAAGAAAUUAUUUUCUGGGAGGGAAUUUUUAUUAGCUGAUUGUCCAAGGCGUCACAUGUUUUAUCCCAGUUCUUUCAUUUUAUUCUGUUUUAUUUUCUUUCAACCAUCCUAAGUCUAAUUUAAUUUAUUUAAUACAGAGUUUCCAUUAUUUUAUACCUCACUUGUAGCCUGGCAAUGGGCUCUAAAGUCAAGACAAGCUGUCUACGAUUGUUCUUCCACACACACUCUGAUUCUGAGACUGCGUUUAAAAUACAAGAAUCUUGUUUUUGUGUAACUUUCCCAUGACCUUUUUGUUGUGUAGAGGUCAAGGUAGACUGGAAAUAGAGGUGAAAGAAAGUUUUCACGAAUAGACUAAUUGCAGCCCCAAAUUAAUUUUGUCACAACCGUUAUUUUUUUAAGCUGGUAAUAGAUGGCACUUCAUAUAUCGAAGCAGACUGAAUGGGCAUAAACACUAUGGCACAUUUAGAUCAAUGUGUUAUGACAAGACCUUAACCUAAGGUCCACUUAGUAGCUUUUUUUGGAGCUUGUAACUGCCUCAAAAUCUUCUUCAGAAGACGCAGUUUUUUAAAGAUAUGGCUGAACGCUCCAGUUAAGUUAAUACUUCGUUGUCAAACGGUUUCAGAGGUCAAGAAUGAAACUUUCAGGCCCAACAAGAUCCAUGUAGGUUUCACAAACUAGUUCGACUCCUACACAUGAAGUGAUGAUGCUCCUGAAGUUUGUGUCGGGAAAAUACAAUGAAGUGAAUUAUUUUAUAUAAAGGCUUUUUAUAUGUCUUCCCAUUUCUGAUGUGAUUUUGAAAGGUCUUAAGUUCGGUCUUCAGCUAAUGUUUUUGAGCUGUGAAACUGGCACAACCGGAGCUGCUUUGACUUACAGUCGUAUCUACUGGAAUUCAGACCAGAGUCAGUUCAUAUUCAAGUCAUUUUAAAAAGAAGACUGCUUGCUACUUGAGCCAACCGAAACACAAAAACACAUCCUUUAACAGGUAUAUUUCAUUCUGAUAAAACGUGCAGAGCUAUUGAAUGUGCAAUAGGGCAAUAAUUUAAUCAUGUAUUCAUAGUGUAUGCAUGUACAUGGUAGUGAGAUAUGAUCUAUCAGUCAGUCAGUAUUACGGUCUUCAUUUCAAUGGUCUGAAUACCAGCAAAUACUCCCUCCCUUCACUCAUCCUCAUCCUGUAGUUGUAAAUAAUGUCAUUGGUUAGCCGGAGUGACAUUUCCGCUGCACUGUUUUGCUCUAGCGCUCCAUUCAUAUCUGAGUUUAUUCCUCCAGGAGGGGUUGAAAGAAGGGACUCUUGUUUAGUGCCUGAUUAGUUCUUCAAUAAGGUUUUCUGUUUGUUUUGAAAAUCUUCAGAAAUCAUGAAAUUACCCUUUCGUGAGGUCAUACAUUUCUAAGGAACUUAUUUUCAUGUCAAGAUUACCACAUCAACCAUUUUUGACCUUAAUGAAAAUAUGUGUCUAUUCUGAGUCAUUAGCAAGCAUUGGAACAAUUUCUUAUUGCUGUCCAGGAAAAAAACUUAAAAACAUAAACUGAAUAAUCAGAUGUAUUUUUAGGGGUUAUCCUAUUUAAUCUAAAUAAACCAUUAAAAGACCUAUUAUCUGUAAAAUGCAUGGUUACAUAGCUAAAAAUAAAUGGCCAGUUCAUGAAUAAGUUGACACUGGAGACACAGAACAGUGAUAAAAUGUAAGCUGAUAUUUUUCACAUCAUCUGUAAGGGCCAUGAACGAAAAGUGUUUUUCUUAUUUAGGUUCAGCUUAAAAAGAUUUUGCGAAUAUUUAAUAAUUACUAAUGUGAUUCUGAGGGUUUAUUUUUUUUUAUCUGUCUAAUGAUGGUUUUUCAUUCAGCCUCCCUUAAAGUCUUAAUGAUAACCACGGCUUGUGUUUGAAAAGGCCUUGAUAUCAUAUUAAUACAAAUGUGCCUUGUCGAUGGGCUGGCAUCUUCAUUCUUUACUGCUCUUAUCAGAAAAAAUGAAUAACAGGAUGAAGGGGACAGAAUUAUUGUAUGUAGGGAUAUUAGUAUUUGUCAUUUUGGCUUUAAUUGGCUUGUUUUCAUGUAAUGAAAUGAAAGUCUUUAUUCCUCAAAUCAUAGUAGCCUAUUGGUUUGGCAAGAUUUUGUUGACUGAAUUUAUAGUUACAUAUCUGGUCAAAAAAAUCUGUCCUCUGAAAAAGGAAAAGGUUUAUUUUUUGGCUUGUGUCUCAAGACAACACCUUAUUUUACUACUGACACAUUAGGGGAAUAGUUCAACAUUUUGGCCAAUGCCCUUAUUCACUUUCCUGCCGAGUGUUAGCAAAACUUGCCAAUGAGCUGUAGCUAGCGGCCGGUUAGCUUAGCUAAACAUAAAGAUGGGAAACAAUUGGCCUGGUAACAAAAUGAGAUCUCCAGCACCUCCAUCACAUUAAUAAACACAUAAUCUAUCAGUUUUUAUUUAUUUUUCUAAAUCCCAUUAAAAAAUUGAAUUGUCGUUACACAAGUUAGUUUUUUCAAGUUCCAAUCUAGAAGAUCUUCGUUUGUUAUUUUUGGCCACACCUUUAAUGGUGAAAAGCGGUAAUGGCACCCCGACGCGCGUGCAGUGCGAGGGCCCGAUCAUCGCUGCUUGCAGCUUUAAUUGUUUUUGAACUCAAUUUGCAGUGUUGCCGAUUGCGAUUUUUCACGGUAAUGCCACCACAGACAGCCAGUUCGUAAUAGGCCUCCUGCAAAUGCAAGGGCUUUCAUCAGUGGACCGUAGGCUCAGUCUCCAUUGUGGUAUAUAGUUUCAACAUAUGACAGUGAGAUUUUUACAUUUACAAGUUCAUUCGUGAGUUUCAGAGGUCCUGGUUUCUUAUAUUUAACGUAAAGGUAUGGUAGCGGUGUAAAUCUUGUCCCCGCCACAAAGAAAAUUAAGCGUGUUUGUCGAAAUGUCAAACUCUUGUUUUAAUGUGCAGCCGUCAAGUUUGUUAAAACUUAAACACAGAUUUGCAGAAUCAGCCGAGCUCUUUACUUUAAGUAUAGCUAAUGCUGUCGUUUAGUUUUGCCUUGACCAUAUCUGUGUGUGGAUGUGUGACACUAUGUAAUUAAUUGCCUGUGUGUGUGUGUGUGUGUGUGUGUGUGUCAGUAUGCUGAACCUACCUUGUAUUACUGGAGGCCUAUAAAUUAAUCAGAACUGCUUCCUUUCAAUCUCCUGCUGCACCCACAAAUAACAGAAUCCUUUGCUACCAUAGUGAGCAUUUUCUGUUGAAGGGCAGUGUAUUUAUUAGCAUUUCGUACUGUGAAGUCAAGGCAUAAAUCUUGAUAUUGAUACUUCUAACAAUGAAAACCCCAAGGGAAACAUACAGCUGUGCUCAGUCAACAUUUAGACUGCUGCUCAGUCUGGCUCAGUGUCACUAAAAAUCCCAGAGGGGCGGUUGGUUUUGAAAGUGCUACCUCCCUCUUCACAUCCCUUUACUGAGUAGGUUCUGCUGCAGGAUGCGCUCAGUAUGACAUUCAGACAUAUUUCACAAAUAUUAUAAAAAACUUCAAAUAGUCACUUCCUCUCUCAUAUCUGUUCAGUGAAGAGAGAUCAGGUGUCUGAUUUUACACCAGGAGAGGUUUCUUGUUCCCUACAUGGAUGCUGACUGAGGAUAAAUAUAAAUUGUCCUUUUUUGGUAAAAUACCAGCACACUAACAAUUACCUGAAAGGCAGUAAAACGGUUUAGUCAGCACUUGCUCCUCUUGAUAAAUACCAGUUGCUUCCGUUUCCUCUGCUGUGUGUGUGUGUGUGUGUACUCGUAAAGUAUGGAGAGAUGGUUUUUUAUAUUUUUUGAGCCAUUCCUGGUAAUGUAAAGUCAGGAUGAAAUGUCGAGGACAUCGUUUAAAGGUUCAGAGCCUUUUUCACUGUUUUCUUUAUUUCUCUGCUCUGGCAGUGAUGUAGCAUGUACCUGAAUCCCUCGUGAAAGACUUGCUGUAUUUCUGGCUAUUAUUUUGCCCUCUCUGCCUUCUUUGGAACAUCAUGAACAUGCUGACUUUGUAA